AUGGCAGGCGACAAGAUACCGACGCUGCACUCCCUCGAGAAGCCAGAGGAUCUCAAGACGCUCAUCCGGCAAGACCGUGGCGAUGACUGCCUCGGUUGCAGGAUAGUCGGGAGCGGAGCUUUUUUCGGCCUCGCUGCCUACAGCUACUUCUCCGGAAUGUCCCAGCUCGAAAAGCAGCGGGCCUUGAUCAUCCAGAAAAAUACCAUGUUCGGCAUGAGGAGCCGGAAGUUUGGCAUCGCCACCAUCUCUGCCGGUAUUUUCUGGAUGGGAUUAUGGAGGGCUUUCCGAUGA